CAGACACGCACACGCGCGCACACGGACACACACUCGGAGGACGCACACCCGCGCGCGCACACGCAGGGGCAGCUCGCCUUCCCGCCGGGCUUCCUUCCUGUCUGCUCCGCGCCUGACAGGCUCCUCGCUGCAGCCAGGGCCCGCCCGCACCGGGCCGAGGCCGGGCCUGGCUGGGCCGGCGGCGAGGGCAGCAGGGGCCGCGGGCGGCGGCGGCGGCUCAUGCCCGGCCUGUCCCCACGCGGGGCGGGCACCGUGACUCGGCUGGGCUCCCAGCGGCGGGCGAUGUGAAGAUGUCAGUGGGCUGUGCCUGUCCUGGUUGUUCCUCAAAGUCAUUCAAGCUGUACUCACCGAAGGAGCCCCCGAACGGCAACGCCUUCCCUCCCUUCCAUCCCGGCACCAUGCUAGAUCGGGAUGUGGGCCCAACUCCCAUGUACCCGCCUACAUACCUGGAGCCUGGGAUUGGAAGGCACACACCAUAUGGCAACCAAACUGACUACAGAAUAUUCGAGCUUAACAAACGGCUUCAAAACUGGACAGAGAAUUGUGACAAUCUCUGGUGGGAUGCUUUCACAACUGAGUUCUUUGAGGAUGAUGCCAUGUUAACCAUCACUUUCUGUCUGGAGGAUGGACCAAAGAGAUACACCAUUGGCCGGACCCUGAUCCCACGCUACUUCCGCAGCAUCUUUGAGGGUGGUGCUACAGAGCUGUACUAUGUGCUUAAGCACCCCAAGGAGGCAUUCCACAGCAACUUUGUGUCCCUCGACUGUGACCAGGGCAGCAUGGUGACCCAGCACGGCAAACCCAUGUUCACCCAGGUAUGUGUGGAGGGGCGGUUGUACCUGGAGUUCAUGUUUGAUGACAUGAUGCGGAUAAAGACAUGGCACUUCAGCAUCCGGCAGCACCGGGAGCUCAUCCCCCGCAGCAUCCUUGCCAUGCAUGCCCAGGACCCCCAGAUGUUGGAUCAGCUCUCCAAAAAUAUCACACGCUGUGGGCUGUCCAAUUCCACUCUCAACUACCUCCGACUCUGUGUGAUACUCGAGCCCAUGCAGGAGCUCAUGUCCCGCCACAAGACCUACAGCCUCAGCCCUCGUGACUGCCUCAAGACCUGCCUUUUCCAGAAGUGGCAGCGUAUGGUAGCACCCCCCGCGGAGCCCGCCCGGCAGCAGCCCAGCAAACGGCGGAAACGGAAGAUGUCAGGGGGCAGCACCAUGAGUUCGGGGGGUGGCAACACCAACAACAGCAACAGCAAGAAGAAAAGCCCAGCCAGCACCUUCGCCCUCUCCAGCCAGGAUGUGAUGGUGGUGGGGGAGCCCACCCUGAUGGGCGGGGAGUUCGGGGACGAGGACGAGAGGCUCAUCACCCGGCUGGAGAAUACCCAGUUUGACGCGGCCAACGGCAUUGACGACGAGGACAGCUUUAACAACUCCCCUGCCCUGGGCGCCAACAGCCCCUGGAACAGCAAGCCUCCAUCCAGCCAAGAAAGCAAAUCGGAGAACCCCACAUCACAAGCCUCCCAGUAAAGGCCUCACCAGGGCCACGCAGCGCUCUGCCUACCUGCCCCACCCCUCGAAGCCCCAGGGAGCAGAAGACAGAAUGAAGAGACUGAGCAUCUAAAAUGGGCAGCCUCCAUCCACCCACUUCAGGGAGGAACUGGACUCACUGGGGGCAGGUGCCAAGCUUUGCCCCGCAGUGGCCCUGGGCUGGGCCUGGCCUCUGCAGAGCCUUUUGGGGGAAGGGGGGUACUCAUGUGGAUGCCUACAUGGACCCUGGGCCUCUGAGAAAUGUUCUGACCUCCUCCAGAGCAUUUGCCUCCAUCUUCACCCCAGGUUCUGGGUUCCCCAUCCUCCUGACUCUGCCCCCUUCAAGCCUGGGGUUGUCUAUACCCACAGCUCCUAGGGACUUAAAUUUAUGGGGCUUGGUUGAGCACUCCUCCCCCAGGCCCUUCACCUAGGUGGCUGGUAAUAGAGGGGUACAACUCUGGGCUCCUCCCUUUUACCACCUCCCAGCUUCACGUUUUUUAAAAAAAUAAUAUUAUUAAAAAUGUAAGUUUAAAAAAAAUCACUCAUGUCCCCCCUCUUCCCCUUAUUAAAAGUCCAGCUACCUCCCUAUUCCUGGCAGAUGGGGGGCUUAGGGUCCAGGUGGAGGUGAGUGUGGGGUAGGGUAGGGGGGUUACACAUCAUUUUAUAUAGUUUGAGAGCUUCAGACCAAGGAGACACUUUGCCAUCUCUCUUCCCUUUUCCUCGGGGGUGACUGGAGUUGGGGAAGGCAUGCCAUGGGGUAGGGGGCCAUUGAUGGCCUCACCUUUGUAACAGCUCCCAGCUGUUGUCUGUCUCCCCAUCCUCCAGGAGUCUGGCCUGCCCUCCUAGUGCUUGUGACUCCUUCAAACCCAGCGCCCUUCUCCCCCCAUGAUGUGUAUAUUCUUUACAAGCCCUACACUAGAGCAGCUGCCUUGGAUGGGAGGAGGGGGAGGCUCCCUCCCUUAGGGAGUCUGGAGGGAAGGGAGCAGCCUUGUUUGUCACUGUGUUUUGUUUUGUCUCAGUUGGGCAGGCAUGGGAUGGGGGAGGGGUUCAUCCAUAUUCUCCAGUACUCUUCCUCCAAUCCCUCAAAUUUUGUAUCUAGUCCUCCCCUGCCCUCCAUAGAGGAGCCACUGAGGAUGUCCCAGCUCUAAGCUCACCAGGGAGGAGUAGGCCUCUGUUCGCCAGCUGAAGUAGAGGAUCUUCAUCUCCCAAUACCCUCCAGUUCCUGGUCUCGUAGAAGGAAGGGGAAGGCAGCCAGGACCCUCAGCUCUAUUUCAGUUGGACAGGUGGAAGCUCUGAGCCCAGGUUGAGGCCAAAAGCCAGAUCCUAUGAGUCUGGGCCCAGCUCUGGUUUCUCUGCCAUUUCCCGCUGCCAGUUUCGGAAGUGUUAGUACCACCUCUCUUCCCACUCUUCCUUUUGGAUUCCGGGGCCCUCUACACCCUGAUUCCUUCACUCUAGCUACCACUGCUGGAAGGGUACUGUGCCAGGAGCUGAGGGAAGGGGGUGGGGAAGAUGGAUGUCCCACCUUAACUGUAAUGCCUUUUUUUUUUUUCUUUUUUUUUUUUUUUUGGCCAUUUGAGUCAUGUAUGGUACAGAUCAAUAAAGCGACUUUUGGGUUUGA